GGACGUAAAAUAGGUCUAUCAUCCCUCUUUACCCAUACCACAAUUUUUUUUUUGACUUCCCUAGAAAAUUGCCAGAGGCGGCAACUUCUCAAAUCUCAAUUUUUAACUUCAUUCCGGUGCGUUUAGUCGCAGACUCCAUUUCCACUUCAUUAAUUUAUGGAAAAGAAGAAUGUGUAUCGAAUAAUUAGUAUUUGAUUCAUUUGGGGAUCGAGUAUUCAUCAAUUCUUUCAUGGAGAGAUGUUGGUACAGAAAUAUAUGGAUAGAGGAAGAUGGUGGCUGGAAGUGGAAAAGAAGUCUACCAUUGAGCAGAAAACCAAUGGUCAGGGAAAAUGUAAAGAAUAGAAAGAGGGCAGGGAGAGCCAUAAGAGAGAAACUCCUCAAAGGGUUCUUAUGCUUAUUUUCUGGGACUACAGAUUCAAGAUCCCAUCCUGUAACUAGCAGCUUACAAGGGUGCGAAUGGUUUCUAUUAAAUCCCAGAGUGUGUGAACCUAUUUGUGUUUCCUCAGUGAGACUUUCAGUGAAUGGUCGAGGGAUGGUUUGCCUUUCAUCAAUCAAAUCUGCAUCUCUUAUUUGAUAUUGACAAGGAUGGAGUGAGAGAAAAAGCUGUAGCUGACUACAAAGGGGAAGUGCACCUUUUCAGGAAAAAUGAAGACAUGAAGUUGAUGCUGUUGGGAGAUUUCAGAAGCCAUAUUUAUUUGGAGUUGAAACUAUCUUUGGGAGUGAAAAGAAAAGGGACUGAGAAAAGACUACUGGAUUGCAGAGAAAGAUGAGAUGAAAUAUUGCUUUGGUUUUCGUGUAAUAUAAGCACCAAAGGAAGGAAAGAAAAGAAUGCAAAACAAAGGAAAAUGGGGGAGAACUGAAAAGGUUCAUUUCUGAAAAUGUAGGUAAAGACUUUUUCACUCAAGCUGGUGGAAGUAGCAGGCAGAAAAAAUCUUGUGUGGCAUUCUAAUAAUGUAUUACAAUAAUUGUAUUAGGAAAGGGUAGGGUGGGUCUGAUGAAGAACCUCAUGCGUCAUGAAGAUUUGCAAUUCGCUUAAGCUAACAACUCAAUCCGACAAAAAUGAAAUAAAAUACAGCUAUCCAUAUUAUGGAUAAUUCAUUAACAACUCCCCCAGCAAGAUGUUGGUUGGAUUUUGUUUGUCUAUUCAGAAAAUUAAAAAAUAUCCUUUUAUACGAGUAAAUUUUUUGAUUUGUAGAAAAGUUUGAUGCCAUCACUUGAUUUUUGUACAGUGGCAUCUGCUUGUGAGAAUGUAUUUAUCCUCUUCUUGAUUUA